AUGGACCUGUCCGAUCUGUUUCCGGAGGACUACCUGCCCGAAGAUCCGCUGCUCGAGAACAGAGUGCUAUCGGUAUGCUCGGCUCUUGGCGGCUUUGAAGACACCGACGCCGGAAAGGUCUACCGACCCGGAGAUGAGGCCUUGGAGUGCCUUCGAGAUCUCAAGCGAUACCUGCGACGAGACGAAUUGGCGAAGCGGCGAGUGGUUGCAACGGCACUCGGGCGCUGGCAGAUUCUCAAGACAGACUUGAUACCGCUCCUGCUGAUCGACAAGCCGAAUGAAAGCAAGGUCAACAUGGCGAUUGUCGAAAUAUUGGUACCCAUCACCUGGCCCUUGGAAUCUGAAGAUAUCGCCGACGCUCCGCUGCAAGUCAGCAUUCUGAAAACCUACAAGGAGGCACUCGCUGAUGUAUCUGUACUUUCGAAGAUCCUGAGCGAGUUGGUGAUGCUGCUCAGCACGAAUGUGCGAGAACGUAGCGAGCGAGAUCAGGCCAAGAUCCGCCUUGUGCUGCUCCUGAUCCGGAACAUCGUCGCUAUCAAGGACUACCAUGUGGGCAUCACCGCCUCAACGGAAAUCCAUCUAAGAUCCAAUGUCCAGGAACGCAUGCUCAUGGCCCUCCGCGAAAGUCGCAUCAUGGACUUUCUGGUCUCGAUGGCCGGAUCUUCGAACGAGCCCGAGUUUGUUCAAUGGAAUACACUCCUGCUCGAAAUUUUUUUCCAUAUCUUUCUCGAGCGCAGUCCCGACGACAUUCUUCGCUCAAGCGACCUUCCCGAGGCCGCAGAUGCCCCCCAAGGUGGAAUGGCAAGCCAACAGGCGUUGCCAGCCCCCAAACCACCGAGCAUCCUUGCGGAUUUGGCCAGGAAGGAGGACGAAGAGCGAAAGCUGCAAGAGCGGCAGCUCAAGGCCUCGGGAUUCCGUUCCCGCUUUGCCGGAACAGUCACAAUCAACUCAUCGGAUGGAAAGCGUAUCAAUAUUCACAACGUCUCUCAAGCCAUCACGUCGAUCGGCGAUGCACUCGAUGCUGGAAAGAAGGAAAAGAGAAGGGUGUCCAAACGCAGGUACCAAGUACCGCAGGAUGAGUACAACCGAAUUCGGCCGAUUCACAGUCAGGAAGCGCGAACAAUCUAUCGAGAUCUCGCUCAAGCAUUCCUCGAGAGCGGAUUCAACUUUCUCGUCAUGUCGGUCAAGAGAGAAAUGGACAUGGAGCGAAAGAAGAUCCAGACGGAAGAUUACCCACGCUUGAUUUGGAUCUGCUCCUUCUUUCUACGCACGAUCAGCGGCCUGAUGCAGCAAAAAGAACGGCCCGGCGAUAACGGCUCGCUCACCAUCGAUUUUGACAUGGUCUCGUCCAUGGUCAACGUGCGUGGGCUGAUGUUUCUUUUUCGAUAUAUCAAUCAGUAUCAAGAAGACAAGAAAUGGACCGAAGUUAGUGUAUGCUUGGGCUGUCUCCGGAGUAUGUUCCAAGUGCUCGAUCUUAUGGCAAACAGCGAGAACAGCGAGUAUCGGGAAGCAUCCGAAGUGAUCCAAAACAACCUUUACUACGAAGAAUCGACAAUCGACCUGAUCAUCGCGAUGGUGAAAACCUACAAGGUUCAGAACGUUGGAUUCUUGCAGAAUCUUAUCGAAACGGUUCACAUGUUGCUAAAGCUGAUGGAGCGCUAUUCAAAGUCAAACAUCCUUCUGAUGAAAAAGAAGCGUCGGCAAAAGAAGCCAACCGAAAAUCCGCCCCCGGAGCGGCGUGACGACUCGGGCUCAGGCGAAGACGGCUCAGAGAACGAAGACCGACCCCGUUCUGAUGAAACGGCUUUCGCGAACGAAAAUGUGCUCUUUACAUACUUUGACCUGCUCUCUCACUACGAAGACCUUGAUUCCAAGUACAUCCACAUGUUGACAUCGAUGUUCCAUCGUAUUUUCGUCAAGUGCAAGGCAGAGGCCAUCUUUUACAAGCUUUCGAGGAUGAAUCUUUUCUACCAUAUUAUGAACGAGCGCGCCAGCCUUCCCAACACCAAAUUUCAUCGUGAGCUGCUCCAGUUCAUCCAAUAUUGUAUCGGUCGCUUCAUGAAGCGAUUCCGAGAAUAUCCUAUGCUUUGUGUCGAGAUGCUCUUCAGUAAGAACAAGACGGACUGCCGGCGGAUCGAGUACGGCGAAUAUGACGAAGACACGAUUACGGUGAACAGCGCAGAUGUCAUCAACGGCAACGACGAGAUCGAAGUUCUUCCGGGUCUGACGCCCAGCCAACAAAUCGGCGUUGCUGUGGGCCUAUUGGCUGAGAAGCAUCUGGCGGAUCUGCAGUGGCUGAUGGAGGUCAUGAAGGUCUCGGUGUCGUUGCGGAGAGAAAGCGCAAUUAAUCGCGUAAUCGAAGAUCAGGAACAGCACGAAGAUAUCGACCAACGGUAUCUGGAGCUCAUGCAGGGCCUUGAAGCGGUACAGGAGAUCCCUGUUGACUUUGAAAUUGAUGCUCCGAACGAGGCCAAGGAAAAUCUCCUGCUCUGUAACCAAGUCUUCCGUAUGCUUCUCCGCCUGCUGAAGUUCGAGCUUCGAAUCACUGAAGGAGAACGCCAGCAAUGGAUUAUCCCAGCAUCCCUUGAAACAAGCACAAUUGAAUCCGACCGUCGGCUUAUCCAACAGUUUAUUGACGAUCCACUGGAUGAGGAUGGCCGGCCACUCUCCGAGUUGGUGCGGAAGGUGAAGUCCAAGAAGCGCAAGAUCCGCGCACCAUCGGAGCGGAAGCGAUCCCACAAGGACCUCGAGGCCGACAAACCCAAAUUAUCGGAUCAGUUCAUUGUGGACUCGGACGAAGAUGAAGAGCAGGACACGGUCUUCUUUGAGCGGGAGGAGAUACUCCGACAGCAGACAGCCCAAGAACAUGAGCGCCUCUCUCGUCCCCGCGAUGACGAGUCGCUUAUCAUGAGCAAGCUCCAUACCAACAAGAGAGCCGCUGAGCCAGUCGUCGAAGAGCAGCCGCAAGCCGUACGACGCGAGUCGAAUGCGUCGGCAAGCUCUUCAUCGAUCUUCAGCUCCGACAGCUCCUCGGAUGAGAACCAGCUGCCGACGUCCGCCAGCAAACGUGGCAGCGCCUCCAGCCGCCCGGACAAUGGUGGUUCUCAGACAAAGAACUCGAUGAUGGUCGAAAGUGAUGAUGAUGAUGACGAUGACGAUGAACAAGAGUUCAACCAACUGCUGGCCCGUGGCCGUGCUGCUCUUCGCCGCAAUGCAGUUCCUCGCGGAACGCCUCGAGCAAGGGAUCGCAGCAACACCAGCAACAUCAACAACACCAGCAACACCAGCAGUGUCCAUGCAAUCGCUGUAUCAGAGAGUUCGCGCGGACCUGCUGGCGCAAUAUCAGCGCCACUCGACAAAUCGAAUGCCUUGGCGGACUUUAGCGAUAUUCUCAACGAGAAGGAGAACGACGAUGACGAAGAUUUGUUCAAUUCCCGCAAAAUUCUGAGACGCCGGACCUAUACGAUCAAGCCCGAUGCCGUUAUACCGCAUGCUGCCGAUGGCGAUUUGUCUGGCGAGAAGAGCGCGCUCCCCGUCAGCCCGGGUGAUAACCAGCGCUCUGACGACGAAAGACCGCUGAAGCGACCUCUGCUGAUGAUCAACGACAGCGACGAAGACAUGGACGACGACGACGACGACGACGACGACGACUAUGAGUGA